AACAAAAUAAUUUUGUCAGUACUCACGGUCGGCAGUCUUACGCUCAGCGUGAAUGGCGUUACGCUGAAGAUAAUGAUGGGCGACGUGAGGAGCCGCCUGAGUUUUAUUUGCGGGCCCACACGAGACGAGAUGGGAUGGUGCAGGACGCAGUUAGGCCCAUUUAUGAGCGGCUUCUUGAUACCCACCAAAGACUUUCCCAAGUGCCCAAUACCCCGCCUACGCAGACAUAUGUGGACGCUUUAGGGACUCGAUCGGGACAUACUCGUGUGGUUGGGCGUGUGGUUAGGGGAACAUGUGGACCGAAUGUCCCCCUCCCCGAGGAUAUAGAGCAACCCUUGCCAGCCCAACAGUCACCGUCCUUUAACGUCAAUGAUAUGUUCGCGCAGGGUAGCCCUUGGAGCCAGUCAUCAUUCGAGGCCGGACCUAGCACGUCAUCAUCCCAUGCUGGGCCUAGCACGUCACGGGCCCCCACACAGCGGUUGGGUAGUGAUAGUGAUAGUGAUAGUGAUGAUGAAAGUGAUUAGUUUUCCCUUUUUUUAUUGUUUGUAUUCAUUGUUUAACUGAAAUGUGAUUUCCUUUUGCGUGAUA